GCUGAGGGGGCGCCCUCGGGGCGGGGGAAGGGGCGCUCUGCCGGGCGCGCUCUCUACUGAGCAUGCUCAGUCGAGGGUCCGCGCGUGGGCUCCGGCUAGGGGCGCACCCCCAGCGCCGUGCCAAGGGAGAGGACGCGGGGAGUCUCCCCUGGGGACACUAUGGAGAAGUACCAGAUUUUGGACCAGCUGAGUCCUGGGGCCUUGGGGAUGAACCUGGUGGUGGAGAAAACAGAAAACAAAGUAAAGUACGUGAUAAAGCAGGUGGAGUGUAUUGAUGAGCAUCAGGCCAACGAGGCCUUGGAGGAGCUGACGCCGCUGUUGAAGCUCCGGCACGCCCACAUCUCCAUAUACCAGGAGCUGUUCAUCAUAUGGAACAGUCAGGUCUCCUCUCUGUUCCUCUGCCUGGUGAUGGAGUACAACCAUGGAAGCUUCCAGAAGGUCAUUGAGAAGAAGAGGGAGACAAAGACAAUCAUUGACUCCGAGUGGAUGCAGAACAUGCUGGACCAGGUGUUGGACGCUCUGGAAUACCUGCACCACUUAGAUAUCAUCCACAGGAAUCUCAAGCCCUCCAACAUAGUCCUCAGCAGCAGCAACCACUGCAAAUUACAGGACCUGAGCUGCAACACGCUGAUGAUGGACAAAGCCAAGUGGAACAUCCGCGCGGAGGAAGACCCUUGUCAGAAGUCCUGGAUGGCGCCCGAGGCCCUCCGCUUCUCCUUCAGCCAGAGAUCUGACGUCUGGUCCCUGGGCUGCAUCAUCCUGGACAUGGCCAGCUGCUCCUUCACAGACAAAACAGAAGCCAUGCUUCUGAGAAAGUCCCUCCGGACCCUCCCGAAUGGCCUGAGGGGCGUCCUGGAGACCCUGGAGGAGAAGAAGAUCCCCAACGCGGAAACUUUCGGUUCCCUUUUGCCUUUGAUGCUGCAGAUCAACCCUUCGGAGCGAAUAACAAUCAGGGAAGUGAUACACAUCACCUUUGUGGGCAGCAACUUCAGGUCCUCCAGCAUCGCUCUGUCACCACACUGGCAGCUGAUGCCUGACUCAGUCACCGACCUGCUGCUAGGGGGCAGCAUCGCCAGCAUCAUAGACGUCAUGCAGAACUUCUCCGGCAGACCCGAAGUCCAGCUCAGAGCCCUGAAGAGGCUCCUGAAGAUGCCUGAAGAGCAGCUAGGUCUGCCAUGGCCGACAGAACUGGUGGAGUUGUUGACCGCCAUCAUGAAGCAACACGAGAGGAUCCUUGACAUACAGCUGCACGCCUGCUCCCUGCUGCUGCGCACCCUGGGCCAAGCACUGGCACAGGACCCCGCGGCCGAGGUGCCGAGUGAGAGCUCCGUCGUCUCCGUCCUGCUGAGCUGCCUGCGGAUUCAUCCCGAGUCAGAGCAGCUCCUGGUCACGGUCUACAGCGUGCUCGCCAUCAUCUCCAGCCAGGAAUCGGCCUCAGAGGAGCUCCAGGAGGCUGGGCUGUUCGAGCAUAUCCUGGAGCACCUGAGUACCUUCCCCACAAACAGGGACAUCUGCAUCAACGGCCUGAACCUGCUCUGGGCCCUGAUGGUGGAUGCCGUCAUUGUGAACAAGACCCCCUUGGAGAGAGCCCCGGUCCUCAUCGCUGAGGUGCUGGCCGCCCACCCCACGGACGCAGAGGUGGCUGAAGCCGGCUGCGCGGUCUUCUGGCUGCUGUCCUUGUUAGGCUGCAUAAAGGAGCACCAGUUCGCAGAUGUGGUGACGCUGUUCCUCCAAAGCAUCCGGCUCUGCCAGGACAGAAUCCCACUGGUGAACAAUGCCUACCGGGGACUGGCCAGCCUCGCAAAGGUGUCCGAGCUGGCAGCGCUGCAGGUGGCAAUGCCAGAGGAGGGCGGCGGCGGCCUCAGCCUCAUCCGGGAGACGUACCGGCUGUACAAGGAUGACCCGGAGGUGGUGGUGAACAUCUGCAUGCUGCUGGCCCACCUCACGUCCUACGAGGAAAUCCUGCCCGAGCUGCGGGCCAGUGGCAUCCAGCCUCUGGCCCAGGAGAUCAAGGAGCGCUUCACCUCCAGCCUGGAGCUGGUUUCCUACGCAGAGAAGGUACUCCUGAGGCUGGAGGCCGGCACGCCACCAGGCUCCGUGGGAGGACAGUCGGCUCUGCCCUGAGGAGGCAGACACCCCACGGCCUCCCGCUUCCCCGCACCUUCUCUCCCGCCCUUCUUUUCGUUGUCGGGCCCUGGAGCUGCCCGGUGAGCGGCAUUUUCCUUAGGUUUUGUGUGUGUGGGGGGGGGGGGGGGGGGUCCAGGCACCCUGGGGGCAGUGUGGAGCACCGGUGGGGCCCCGGGGGCUCGAUUUGGCAGGCUCCGCACAGACCUUGGCCCUGGACCCAUCAGCGUGGCCCUUGUGGAAAAAGCGGCCCUUUCAGACCACUCUAAACGCGGAAAGAGUAACCUCCCCACACUCCACCUCUAGUAAAAGCCCGCCUGUGUUAAAUCU